AUGGCUGCUAAGAUGUCUCUCCUCGCAUUCAUGAUCUUCUCCUUCCAUCUUGCACCUCGGGCCUAUGCGGAGCGCCAGGGUUUUCGUGCCACCAUGAUCCGCUGUACUGACACCACCGCCAGCUUCAAACAGGCCGCUCGACAGUCCCACCACCGGCUGUCAAUGCUUUCCUCCAGGCUAGACAAGGCCUCAAGCCACGCGAACGCCGAGACACCCCUGAGGAUGGAGGGUGGUGGUGGCGCCUACGACAUGGAGCUCUCCAUCGGCACGCCGCCGCAGAAGCUGACAGCCCUGGCCGACACCGGAAGCGACCUCAUCUGGACCAAGUGUGGCCCGUGCGCAUCCUGCACGCCGCAGGGCUCCCCGUCCUACUACCCCAACAUGUCGUCCACUUUCUCCAAGCUCCCGUGCUCCGACCGACUCUGCGCCGCCCUGCAGUCCGAGUCCUCCGCCGCAAACUGCAGCGACGGCGGCCCCGAGUGUGACUGCCGGUACUCCUACGGCGUGGAGCGAGACCUUCACCACUACACGCAGGGGUUCCUCGGGAGCGAGACUUUGGCUUUGGCAGAGGACGAUUACGGCCGCAGCUCCGGCCUCGUCGGGCUCGGCCGCGGGCAGCUGUCCCUCGUCUCGCAGCUCAACGCCGGCACCUUCUCGUACUGCCUCACCAGUAACGCCUCCAAGGCCAGCCCUCUCCUGUUCGGCUCACUGGCAAACUUGACGGGCUCCGGCGUGCAGUCCACUCGGCUCCUCCCGUACAGGUACAGCAUCUUCUACGCAGUGAACCUGCAGAACAUCUCGAUCGUCUCGGCGACGACGCCUGGUCCUGGAGCCGACGGCGUCGUGUUCGAUUCAGGCACGACGGUGACGUUCCUCGCGGAGCCGGCAUACACUCUGGCGAAGGCGGCGGUGCUGCCGCAGGUGAAUCUUACGCGGGCGGCGGACAGGGACGGGUUCGAGGCGUGCUACGAGAAUCCUGGCAACGGCAGCGUCAUGGAGGAGGCCGUCCCGUCGAUGGUGCUGAAUUUCGACGGCGCUGACAUGGUCUCCCGGUGGCGAACUACUUCUUUGACGUGGACGACGGCGUAG